CACAGAACGAAGAUUAAAAAGAAAAAGAAAAAGAAAAGCUCCUGAAACUAUUUAUCUUCCUCAACCGUAAACCGCCACUGACGACGGUGAACUCGCCGGGGAAAUGAUAAUUCCGGCGAAGCUGUCUUUCCUGUCUAUUAACAAUGCCUGUCUCUCCGAUCAUCCCCGUUACGUUUUCCACGGGAACCUUGACCUCGAAACGUUUUUUACCUCCCUCUUCUUCUCUCCUCGCUUAGCCUAGAAGUUAUUCGAUGCUUCAUCUCUGAAAAUGGAACAUAGAUGAUAGAGUAGUUGUUACAAAGAGAAACGUUUUUCUCGAGAAUUUUUGCUCUUGCGAUUUAUUUUCUUUUUGUUCUCUUUUUAUUAAUCAUGCCUCCGAUGAAGAUCCAACCAAUCGACAUCGAUUCACCGAAGCUUAAUGAAGCGACGGCGGUGGUUCGAAACGACGUCGUCAAGCCGGUGUUAAAGUCGAGGCUGAAAAGGCUGUUCAUAUUCGACCGGCAGUUUCCAAGCGUGUUGAAAACUUCCUCCUCCUCAUCGGAGAAACCUGUCUCCGGCGAUGCUCCUCACUCCAACAACAAAGACGGAGCUGGAACAACAACGGAGUUCGAGCCAAGCUCGGUUUGCUUGGCCAAAAUGGUGCAGAGUUUUAUCGAAGAGAGUAACGAGAAGCAGCCACCGGCCGCGAAGUACGGUCGCAACCGCUGCAACUGCUUUAAUGGCAACAGCAACGACAGCUCUGACGAGGAACUCGACGUCUUUGGCGAAUCAAUAUCCUCUGGCUCCUUCGGCGACGCUGGCGACGCUCUCAAGAGCUUGAUUCCUUGUGCAAGUGUUGCCGAGAGAAACCUCUUAGCUGACACAUCGAAGAUCGUUGACAAGAACAGUAAGGUCUACAAACGAAAAGACGAUUUGAGAAAGAUUGUCACGGAAAGUCUUUCGUCUCUCGGCUACGAUUCUUCCAUUUGCAAAUCCAAAUGGGACAAAACUCUAUCUUACCCCGCCGGUGAAUAUGAAUACAUCGAUGUGGUUGUGGAAGGUGAGAGAUUGAUAAUUGAUAUCGAUUUCCGAUCAGAGUUCGAGGUAGCUCGAUCGACGGGGACGUAUAAGGCGAUCCUUCAGUAUCUGCCUUGCAUUUUCGUCGGGAAAUCAGAUCGUCUUUGUCAGAUCGUCGCCGCCGUAUCGGAGUCGGCGAAACAGAGCUUGAAGAAGAAAGGGAUGCACGUUCCGCCGUGGAGGAAGGCAGAUUACAUGCUAGCUAAGUGGCUGUCCAGUUCCUGCACCAGAGCGAAUCCGCCGCCUUCCUCCUCCACCACCGUGCAUGGCACGCCGGAGAAACUGAGCGACGGCGACGGUGCUUCGGUGGAGAGCGAUUGUGGUGAGUUGGAACUGAUCUUCGGCGAGAAGACCUCGUCACCGGUGCUGGGGGCUGUUACCGGUGAUGAAAAGAGCUUGCCGGCGGUGGGGACGCCUACGUGGCAGCCGCCGGCGGUGAAAGUGAGGAGUGUUGAGAGAGGAGCGAAGGUGGUCACCGGAUUAGCCUCUCUUCUCAAGGACAAACCAUAGAAGAAAUUUUGCACUUUCUUUUUUUAACUUUUUCUUUAAAUCGUUUUAAGUAAAAAAUAUAACCAAAAUAUUUGGAUAAGAGUAAGGCUUUUUUCGAUUUUUUUUUUUUUUUUUUUUUUGGUAUCCCUUCUUCGUCUUCCGUUUUUCCUUUGGGAGGGGACUCUGUAAGAAGCAACUGGAUAUAUGGUCAAUCAAUGUAAUAAAAUAGCUGAAAAAA